AUGGAUAUAGUACAGUUGUGCGCCUGUGUAGGCUUUCCCUACAUUGGUGGUAUCAUAGGCUCCUCAAUGAUCGUAAAGAACUUGGAGUGGUACAAGAAUUUGAAGAAACCGAAAUUCACUCCCCCACCUUGGUUUUUUGGUCCAGCAUGGGGCAUUCUCUACGGCUGUAUGGGGCUCGCCUCUUUCAUUCUUCUGCAGGAAGCUAAGCCUGGUGCCAACAUUACACUUCCGCUCGUCCUCUAUUCCACUCAUUUGUUACUCAACUGGUCAUGGCCGUACGUUUUCUUCGGGUUGCGCAAAUUGAAGAUUUCAGUGGGAGUGAUAAUUGCCACCACAAUUUGUGCGACACAAUCUGCUAUUCUAUUCUCUGGGAUAAGUACUGCUGCUGGCUGUAUGAUGAUCCCCUACGUGUUGUACUUGAUAUUUGCCUCCUACCUCAACAUCGAGCAGGCUCUACGACGACGCACGUUUUCACCUCGCCUAUCUGACCGACGAGGAAACGCAACCUCAGAAGGUGGUGAUGAAGCAUACGAUCAGGCCAUGGAGAUUGAUGAGGCUAGACAGAUUUGGCAGCCGCUUCGACGCCUACCACCACCUCGGGCAGAAGAGUCCAACCCUCAUAAGACGGAAAAUGAGAUCGAGAAGAGUUCUGAGUGGGAGAAAGAGUACGAUGAGGCGAUGUGCAAAUAA